UUUUAAAACUUGCUCCUGCUUUAUCCUUAUCUGAGUCUGGUGUCUCAAACAUCUCCAUCCAAGAGGAUAUUGCAUCUCCACGCUCAAGCUACUGUUUACCAGAUCUACUAAAGAUGCGUCAAGAGAUCUCUGCUGCUGUUGGCUUUCUUCUUGAGAUUCUGCAUCAGAAGAAGCGAUGGACUCAUCUCCAGCUGGAAGUCCUGGGAUCAAGCCUGUUGUGUAAUCUUAGUGAGCGAUACAAUGGACACUGGUACCCAGAGCAUCCCAGCAGAGGUCAAGCAUACAGGUGUAUCCGCAUUAAUGCCCAGCAAGCUGUGGAUGAGUCCCUCCUGAUGGCAUGUGAACACAGUGGCAUUGAAUACUCAAAGCUUGGUCUUCCGGAGGAACUGACUAUCUGGGUUGAUCCAUAUGAAGUCUGUGCAAGGUACAGGGAAAACUCAAAGUACUUCACAAUAGCCAUGUUUUCUAAGGAAAUCAUAGAAUUGGCAGCACCAUCUCCCACUGAAAACGAAACAUCAGGCUACUCAUCAGGCAGUGUCUCUCCUGAGCCUUCAUCAGAGGAUGAGUUCAUUGUUGAAGAUACAGAUGUAAAAAGUUCAAAUUAUGAAGAUGCUGAGUCAACUGACACUGAACAUUCAGAUUCCGAUCUGAUCCAGAAUGCCGAGGAAAUGCCUGUUAACACUGAGACUGGUUUGAUGGUUGAUACUUGGCAAUCGGCAGUCUGGUCCUGUGAUGAAGAAUCUCUAAUAGAAGGUUCAAGGUUCAUGUCUUCAUGGAAGGACAAUGCAGAAUUACAAGGAAUCUCUUCUGCCUCCUUGGACAGCCUCAGUAUGUAGGAGUCCCAAUGACCUACACUGGACUGUCAAACUAGACUUGGUUAUAUAAAACACUGUUGCACUUAGUUCUAUUUGCUAAUGUCAACCCUUGAGUCAUUUACAUUGGCACUACUCACUGAAAAGGCCAGGUAUGUGGAUUUUGUUAAGUGAAUUUAUUGGCUUGAAAGUUCACAUACUAAACCAAUGUAAGGAGCAAACUUUUUAACAAAAUGUAGAGUUCCAGGGUGGUAAGCUUUGAUUGCAGAGACUCCAGUUAUAAGCUAACUGGAAAAUUUUCUAAUCUCAGUCUCUGGCAAACAACUUGGAUCAGCAGGCAUUCUGAAGGUA